AUGCCCCUAGAGGGAGACAAGAAAAAGACACCCGCACCUGGAAAAGAACAAAAGUUCAACCCGCAAUCUCCGCUAUCCACUCGCGGUAAGCCAGCACCCAAGUCCGUUAGUCCCAGGGUCAAAACCGCGACUCCCACUCCGAAAGCAAAGGUUUUGCCAUCGACCAGUUGGAAGACAACUCCUAGGUUGGUCAUUUCCCGACCAGUGACGCGAGCGUCUAGUGAGUCUUCUCUAUCUAGAAAAUCCGAGAGUCCCUCCGCUGUCGGGACUGAUUUCCUCCGCGUCACACGCUCUACCACAAAGAAAAUGGCAUCCUCUGAGCAGCCAACGCCCGCAACCGCAGCGUUGCAUAAAUUCAUCGCCGUCAGCGAUCGCGUAAGCCUUUUCGAAGCGAAGAUCAACACUCCUGAUCAAGCCUCUCCGUUCCUACACACGUUACAAGUCCGUCUGCAACAGGUGCGAGCCUUAUGGGACAAAGUGGAAAGAGAGUACGAAACAUGCUCUGACCUAAUGGCCCAAGAAGGAUCCCUCGACACAGUGCCUAUCCUCCAGGCAAAAUAUGACUACUGCUACUCAGUAUACGAGUCAUGUGCAGCACAAACAAUCGACAGAGCAACGCCUCAAGUCGCGCAAGCACCCUCUCAGCCGCUAAUUUCGUCCGGCUGCCGCUUACCUCCAUGCGACACGGAAGUCUUCGAUGGCGACUACCUCCGAUGGCCCACUUUCCGGGACCUAUUCACGGCAAUUUACGUAAACAACCCCAGGCUGACUCCGGUCGAGAAGCUAUUCCAUCUCCUUACGAAAACAAGUGGCGAAGCAAAAGCCAUCGUGGCGAAAUCUCCUCUCACGAAUGAUGGUUUUGCUUCGGCGUGGGAGGCGCUUCGAGAUCGGUUCCAAAACAAGCGACUUUUAGUCAACAGCCAGCUCAAGCUCCUUUUUAACUUGAGUUCAAUUUCGCAAGAAUCUGGUCAUGCUCUAAAAGAGCUACAAUCCACGAUUCAGGGGUGUUUAACAGCACUAGCGCAUUCCCAGAUAUCCACAGAAAACUGGGAUUGUCUCUUGGUUUUCCUUUGCGCGAGCAAACUGCCCAAGCAGACCCUGUCCUUAUGGGAACAGUCGCUAACUGCCAAAUCCGAGAUCCCAGCUUGGGAAGAAAUGAAUGCCUUCCUGAGCGAAAGGUAUCGGACAUUGGAAGCCAUCGAAGAUAUGAAACCGACUCAGGCAGUUCCAAAAAGGCUUCAAUCCUUCGAGACAAAGGUCAGCACCAAACAGAAAGGGUGUGACUUAUGUUCUAAGGAGAACCAUCCGGUAAGAUUGUGCCCGCGUUUUCUUCAAAUGUCUGUUGACUCGCGCUCCGGCUAUAUAAGAAAGAAGCAGCUAUGUCUGAAUUGUUUUGCCAGAGGUCACCAGCUACGUGACUGCACAAGCACAUACAGCUGCUUUACAUGUAAGGACAGGCACCAUACGCUGCUGCAUCGCAGUCCCCCAAAUUCUGAAAAUGCGAGUUCCUCAACCUCGCCCCCUACACAGCAACCUCCGAGACCCUCCAGCAGAAAUGCAUCGGCAAGCACCUCAGCGGUGCAAACUUUUUUCGCGUCCGGCACUUCAGCCGUCCUACUGAGCACAGCGAUCAUUGACGUGUGCCAUUUGGAGACGAACUACCGAGCCCGAGCCUUAAUCGACUCGGGAUCCAAGGCGACGUUCAUUUCAGAACGCCUGUUCAACCUCAUCAAGUUGCUAUUCCGCAACACCCAGACCCAAGUCUCCGGGUUAAAUCAUUCGGUCUCCGCGAAAUCCUCGAAGCUGUGUCACUUCGGGAUUCGCUCUCCUACUAAGCCAGGUCUACAGUUAGACACUGAAGCGACCUGCCCGCACUCCGCUGGGCAGAUCCUACCUUUUUUCGAGAGCUCUCAAAUUGAUGUACUGAUCGGGGCUGACAUUCUACCAUCCAUAAUGAUGGAUGGCACCCGACAAAAUAUUUGCGGCUCGCUCCUGGUCCAAGAAACUAUUUUCGGGUGGGUGCUAACGGGGCCGAUUUCCAAGGGUAAGCCGAAACGGGUCGCAUCCUUCACGACCCAGGUGCACCAAAUAGGCGACCCUGAUUCGGUCGACACGCUUCUCAGCAAGUUCUGGGAGGUGGAGGAUCUACCAGUAAAGAUGGUAAAAGAGUCGGACUCCUAUUGUGAACUGAACUUCCUCCAAACAACAACAAAAGACGCAAGCGGAAGGUACGUGGUGACGCUCCCGUUCCGGGACCCCGAGAAUACCGGAUCCGAUUUAGGAUAUUCAAGGUCCAUUGCGUUAGCUCAGUUCCUUAGAAACGAAAAUCGUUUAAAAAGAGACUUUCCCUUAAAAGAGCAAUAUGACAGCGUGAUCCAGGAGUACCUGGAUCUGGUUAAGCCCGAAAGCACCACUACAAAGCUUCGCGUUGUAUUCAACGCUUCAAGUCCGUCGGCAAAUGGGACCAGCUUAAAUGAUAUCCUUCAUGCUGGUCCAGUCCUACAAUCCGAUCUAACGAUCCAGGUCCUGAAAUGGCGUUAUUUUCAAUACGUCUUCAGUGCAGACAUUACGAAAAUGUAUCGUCAGAUCUGGGUCGAUCCAAAACAUACCCCGUUUCAAAGAAUUCUGUUCCGAAACAAGGAAGGAGAUAUCCGCGACUUUGAACUAAAAACAGUUACCUUCGGGGUCAACUGCGCCCCAUUCCUCGCCAUUCGAGUCUUGCAACAGCUGGCAGAGGAUAUCCAAGUGCCAUUUCCAAAUGCCAGCCGCAUCAUCCAGCAGCACAUGUACGUCGACGACGUUCUGGCAGGGGCGAAUUCCGUAAACGAAGCCCAAAGUUCGAUUCGAGAGUUGCAAGCAGCCCUAAGUGCCUCCGGGUUUCCGCUAAGAAAGUGGACCUCGAACAACAAAAGCGUCCUUAAAGACGUCCCGGCCGAACACCUCCUUCAUAGCGAGUUCCUCGACAUCGAUGCCGAAAGCACGGCCAAGACGCUCGGUAUUCGGUGGAGGGCGAAGUCCGACGAAUUCUAUUUCGUUCCCCCCGAAAUAGUUAAGGAACCCUCCUAUACAAAGCGAGAAGUUUUGUCCAAAAUCGCUAGGUUGUUCGAUCCUGCCGGGUGGCUCGCGCCGUUCAUAAUCCGUUCAAAAAUGUUCAUGCAGGAGAUUUGGUUGCAGAACUUAGGCUGGGACGAUAAGCUUCCCACUGAAAUGAGUCAGCGGUGGCAAUCGUUUUUAGACGAGUAUUCCGACCUCAACCAGAUCCGCGUUCCGAGAUGGAUCUGGUACCAGCCUGAGGUAAUCAUAGAGCACCACGGUUUCUGUGACGCGUCUCAGAGAGCCUAUGGAGCGGCUAUAUACGUCCGCGUCGAGAUGGGGCAAAAGAUCCUGACUCGCCUGCUUACAGCCAAAACACGAGUGGCCCCGGUAAAAACCGUCUCCCUUCCUCGGCUAGAGCUCUGUGGUGCCGUGCUGUUAACCGAAAUGGUGACAGCAAUCCUUCCGCACAUGCCCUCCGCCAGUUCAGAUAUCCGCUGCUGGACAGAUUCCACAAUCGUCUUAGCCUGGCUACGAAAGCCUACGUGCAACUGGACCACAUUUGUGGCCAACAGAGUUGCCAAGAUCACGCAGGCGACGCCAGUCGACUGUUGGGCACACGUUCGCUCAGAACAAAACUCCGCCGAUCUAGCCAGUCGAGGCGUAUUCCUACAUGAAUUGGCAGAAAACCAUCUCUGGUGGCACGGACCAGAGUGGCUGCAAGGGCCACGAGAGCUAUGGCCAGCACAAAGCGACACUCUUCCAGUGACAGAGCUAGAGCAGCGCGCGGUCAAAGUGCAUUUUGUCAAGGCCCCGUCCAUCGACUUUCUCGAACGUUUCUCCAAAUUGGACAAGGCCCUUAAACGCUGCCGCAAAGGUUCGUUCUUGCCCAAUUCACGCCCUACAAGUGAAGAGAUCCGAGAGGCAGAACGAACUCUGACCUCCAUUGCGCAGCGCAGAGCAUAUGGCCAAGAGCUUCAGCAUCUGACCGAGAAAAGGCCUCUCGGUGUCAAACUGUCGCGCCUCAUCGUCCAAUUUACUCACCAGAUUACUCUUCAUGGCGGUAGUCAAUUGAUCGUACGCCUGAUCCGAUCGAAGUAUUGGAUUCCUAAAAUCAAGAAUCUGGUGAAGGCUGUGGUCAAUCCGUGUAAGAUUUGCACGAUUUACAAGAAGAGACUCCAAACACAGCUGAUGGGCGAUUUCCCGACAGAUAGAGUCUCCUUCUCAAGGGCGUUCACCUACACGGCACUCAGGAGGAGACUGCCGCAGCCAAGAGGGAUGCAAGAAGUGUGGAGGAGACCACCACACUCUCCUCCACAUGCACGAGGUCCUCCCCGCUCCGACCCCGGCAGCGCUACCAGCUCCGACGCGCCAUCCCGCUGCACCUCGUCCGGUCCGGUCGCCAAAAAUCGCCCGCGUCCGAAGGUCUCCGUCGCGUCUCCGGCGGUAGCAACGGGGCAGCAGAAGGCUGUCCCCAUCCUGCCUACAGCCAUCGUCGUGCUGGACACGGGCUCGAAGACCUUCGAGGCCGGGGCCAUGAUCGACCCAUGCAUGCCGGUGAGCAGCAUCGACCGGUCGUUGGCGGCUGCGUUCCGGCUGCCCAUCACCCGGCUGGGAGACGACGAGGUCUGCUCGGUGACACUCCGGUCCCGAACAAGCACCUUCCGACUCAACGUCGUCCUGAAGAUCGACCCCAGCCUAAGGAUCCGGACACCCAUCCGAGCUCUGAGCGACGCCGCAAGGGCCAAGUUUGACGGUGUUCGUCUCGCGGACGAGCGCUUCCACCGGCCGGCCACCAUCUUCCUCGUGUUGGGAUCAGAUGUAUAUGCCAAUCUGAUCCAACCGGGGUUCCUAAAGAUUGAGGAUGGGUUGCCCGUCGCGCAGAACACGGUGUUCGGAUGGACCGUUUCUGGAGCGUGCACGGAAUGA